AUGGGACCACGAGGGAGUGGCAAUUUUCGGGGGCGUGCUUCGCGCGGUAGAGGUGGGAGAGGUGGACGAGGUCGAGGACGUGGACGGGGUUCAAGUCGAUUUGGCCCUACGAGACGCUUUGACGGAGAUCGACUUGCGGAUAAAGACGAAUCUGAAAACUCCGAGUCCGACGAAGAUGAAGAGGACGUGCCGGAUUCCGAUUCGAACGAGAUCGACUCGGAGGACGACGAGGACGAGAAGCCAGCCGCUCGUCCUUACAUGGCUCUCCUGCAAAGCCUGAACGAUUCCAGUGGUCCUACAGCGAAAAGGAGAAAGCUGGCGCAUGGAGAAUCCCCUGCGAGAGAAGCGGGCCGAGACGACAGCGAGGACGGAAGGAAUGAAGCAGAAGACGUGGACCAAGUCGAGGAAGAAGUGGAGGAGGAGGAAGUUGAUGCGGAGCAAAUACACGACAAUAAUUCAGACUCAGAUGACGAGAACGAAUCGACGGAUCCCUUCGACGUCCACUUUGCUCAUGCGGAUGAACCGGCGGUUGCGAAAUCAGUCAAAGCGGCCAAAGAUGGUCAAUGGACGACAAAGAGGGCCCUCAUACAGACAGCUCGGGCGACGAUGAUGGACGCAGGGACCGAGUGCAAAUUGGAGGCACCCAAGCCGGCCUCGAGCCUAAGUGACUUUAAGCUCAAGCAGAAGCUCACGAGGACUGCCGGCAAGACGAUGGCAACACUUGACGACACGCAGCGGACUCUCAUGCCUCUCAUGUUCGACUACCGAGAUGUGCUUUACUGCAACCGAACUGUCAACAACGCGGAGGGCCUUCGGCAGUCGGCCUGUCUCCAUGCGCUGAACCACAUUUUCAAGACACGGGAUAGGGUCGUCAAGAACAGUUACAAGCUCUCCAAGGAUGGCGAGAACACAGAGCUUGAGUUCCGGGAUCAAGGAUUCACUCGACCCAAGGUGCUCUUCCUGCUUCCCACCAGGAACUCAUGCGCUCGAAUCGUGAAUGUCAUUCGAGACUUGUGCGAGAUUGAUCAGCACGAGAACCGCAAGAGAUUCGACGAAUCGUACAUCGAGAAAGAACCAAAUUUUGGUACGAAUCGGCCGGCCGACUUUCGAGAACUCUUCGAGGGCAACGACGACGACAUGUUUCGGAUUGGCAUAAAAUUCACGCGCAAGACCAUCAAGUACUUUGCUCCUUUCUACGGUUCGGAUAUACUACUUGCCAGUCCCCUGGGUCUGCGGAUGGCAAUUGGAUCCGAGGAAGACAAGAAGAGCAUUGACUACGAUUUUCUCAGCUCCAUUGAGAUGGUCAUCGUCGACCAGGCCGAUGCGCUGCUGAUGCAAAAUUGGGAGCACGUAGAGUACAUCUUCGAGCACCUCAACCUGCAGCCCAAGGAAGCGCACGGCUGCGACUUCAGUCGUGUCCGCAACUGGUACCUGGAAGAUUGGGCCAAGUACUUUAGACAAACCAUCAUGCUAUCUGGCUUCAACACACCCGAGUUGUCGGAACUGCAGAGGCUCUACUGCCACAACUGGGCCGGCAAGGUUCGGCUACAGCCAGAGUAUGCAGGCGUUAUCCACCAGCUCGGAAUCAAAGCCAAGCAGACGUUCUCGCGGGUUCAAUCCGAAUCGCUCGAGGACGAACCGGACGCGAGGUUCGAGUACUUUGUCUCGGCCAUUGUGCCGACGCUUGUCAAGCGGGCCAAGGACCCGACCGGCACCCUCCUCUUCGUACCCUCGUACCUCGACUUUGUUCGGGUCCGAAACUACUUUGCAAAUUCCCCGACCAUGAGCAGCAUUACGUUCGGCGCCAUAUCCGAGUACACCGACGUGCCACAGGCGUCUCGGGCGCGAUCGCAUUUCCUCAACGGCCGGCACCGCGUGCUGCUGUACACGGAGCGAGCGCAUCACUUCCGGCGGUACCAGCUCAGCGGCGUCCAGAGGGUCAUCUUCUACGGCCUCCCAGACAACGGUCUAUUCUACCAAGAGAUUGCGGGCGGAUACCUGGGCAAGAGCGAGCAGGACCUGGUCAUUGAGCCGGGGCAGGGCGCCGUGAGGGCGCUGUUCUCCAAGUAUGACGUUAUGAAGCUGGAGCGCAUCGCCGGAUCGAAGCGAGUGGGGAAGAUGAUACAGGACAGGGGGGAUACGUUUGACUUUCUAUGA